UCUUCAUAAUUUUGGACGAAAUUUUCAGACUUUUCGAUUUUGCCUUUAGAUUCAUCUUAGAUUACUAAAUGAUCUAAGUUAUGCAUUGAAAACGGCGCACCGGGUCCCUUCUAAAUCUAUGCAUUGAAAAUAUAUUGAAGUAACCUCUAUACGUAACGUUCAUGCCUUUAUGUCAAAGUAAACUAUACCUACCAUAGAAAUAGUAAACUAUACAUUAGGCACUCUGUCAAAUAAAAUAAAUAAAUGUCAGAAAUCGUACACAAAUGAUAAUCAGAAAGAAAUAAUUACAUAUAAUUUAGAUCCUUGUGAUCCAUUGUGAAAUUGGAGCUCAUAUCGCUUCAGGACUAGAUGGAGCCGACUGUCUUGCCCCUUGACGCUGCAUUGGACAGAGUUGGUUUUGGGCUGUACAGCUGCAUGCUGUUGGUGCUAACAGGCAUGAUCAUCAUAUCGUUCUCGUUCGUGGUGUACAGCAACACCGUCCUCAUCCCACUCAGCUCCUGCGAGCUGAACACCAACAUCGCGCAGCGGGGUUUGAUGGCAGCCAUGCCUUCUUUAGGAUCCAUAGUCGGUGCCAUAUUUUGGGGAUACUUGGGAGACACUAAAGGCCGGCGCAAGAUGCUGCUCAUCUCCUUGCUGCUGGGGGCUGGGUUGAAUGCUCUCUCCAGUAUUUCCCUCAACUGGAUCAUGCUCAUCGUCAUACAGAGCGUAUCCUCUGUGCUUGUGUCGGGCCAAUAUCCACUCUCCAUGACUCUGCUGAGCGAAUGUGUGCCGUUGGAUAAGCGGAACUUAGUUCUAAUCUUAGUCACCAGUAUUUUCCUCUUCUCCCAAGGCUUAAUGGCAGUUAUUGCGAUCCCCAUAGCUCCCCUUGGGUUCUCAUACUAUAUGCCUUUUCUGGGUAUACACUGGACACCAUGGCGGGCUAUAGCCUUGGUCUACUCCAUACCCAGCGUCGUCAGCCUCGUAUGGUUGUUUUUCAUGCAAGACAGCCCGAAAUUUGUGCUUGAGAACGACCAAGCAGAACGGGCGUUGAAAAUAUUGCAAUCGAUAUAUAAGGUCAACAAUUUGGGGUCAAAGAAAACGUUAGAAGUUGCAGCGGUGGUAAGAAAACGACAAAGUGAAAUGGUCAACCAGAAACUGUCGCUCUUGGAGAAACUCAAGCCGUUUAUCAGACCGCCACUCAGGAGAAAAAUUAUAAUAAUUACAACGCUCUACGCCUUCCAAUUUAUGUGGCCAUUCAAGGUAUGGCUUCCAACGAUAGCGAACCAGAUGAUGUCAAUCAUUGAGACAGGAAAAGGGUCAGACCUGACGCUGUGCCGCAUCAUUCGCCUGAGCUUCAAAGACCCGUCAAGUGACGAUUGCAGUCUAAACACAACAGCACUAUCACUGGUGAUGACCGUGUGCGCCGUCCAGUCUCUAGCAAACUUGACAUUUACUCCCUUCCUAAACCGAGUAGGCCGUCGGAACAUGGUCAUCAUGAUCACGUCAUUUUGCGGCAUCAGCGGCAUCUUCGUCAACAUCAUGCCUCACGCCAUCACCAGCUUCCUCUUGUUCACCAUACAGCUGAUCGGCAUGAUCUGCAUGGGAUACUAUACGGCUAUUGCUGUCUCUGUCUUCCCUACGGCGUACCGAGCGAUGGGUGUGACCAUCGCGGUCACAGGAAACCGUAUCAGCAUGUUCUUCGCGAUCCAGAUCCUGAACUACAUGUUGAAGCACUUCUGUGAAGUCGGCUUCUUCAUUUUUUGUAUUCUUUUCACCUCAUCAUCGCUUAUAACAUUGCUGCUACCGGACGACAGAAUAUCGAUGACACCAAGAACCUCAAUAGUACAUUCAGUGUUCGGUUUAAAGCCCCCUAAUAAUAAUUGAAAUCCACACCAACAACGGAUUGAUAUGUAACACCACAUUAAGGCAAUAGAACUAUCAAAUUGACGAUCUCCAUGCGGUAAUCAUCUCGCCUUUUGGAGGUUCGUUCGAGUUUGGUUAUUCGUUAUUUUAAUGACCAGGUAUUUUGUUUGCGGCUCUGGUUGGACUUUGCCCGUUUCUGUGUUUGUGUCCAUUGGCCCACGAUAUAAGUAUGCUUAUUGUGGGCCGUUGUAAUUUUCUGUUGUGAUUCCGAUUAUGAAUAAACUAGCAUAAUAUGUACUAGAAAUUAUUCAUAUCAAGGAAUAUACAUACGUACUUAUUUACCUUUGUAAAUAUAUUGUUUUAAGUGCAUGUGAAUGUACACUUUCUAUAAAGUAUUGUUGUUUAAAUAUACUC